CCGACUAAUAGCCUGCCCGUUCCCUGUUCCCGACGAUGAGCCAAUAUCAUCCAGGCUCGUCCUCUACACAUCCUUACAAGGACCCCACACCUGCGCCGUCGACGCUCCCCCAUGUUCAGGAGCUCGGGACGACGAGUGCGCCGUUGAAGAGCGCGGCGUUCUUCAUCGGAGCGCAUUGCAAGGAGUAUAAUGAGGACUUCAUGCUGUGCAAGGCGGAGAACAGGGAUCCUGCGCACUGUCUGAAGGAAGGCAGGAGAGUGACGCGAUGUGCGACCGACCUCAUCAACAAGAUGCGCGAGAACUGCUUGGAGUCCUUCGAUGCGCACUGGGAUUGUCUCGAAUACAACAACCAUGAAUACAACAAGUGCCGCAAACCAGAACGCGUCCUCAACAAAUGCAUGUUCGAGAAACUUGGUCUUGUCAAGAAUAUUCCUGGGUCUCCCGAGGGAAAGCCACAGAUACACGAGAAUACCAGUCCCGUACUCGGCCGUAUGCAGAAAUGAGCUUUCGCCCCAUGUUAUAGAUGCAUGCUUCGCUUUUGCUCUUGUGCAACCAAUGCAAGUC